CCCAUCUAGAUUUCUCAUUUGAGUAACUGUCUUCGCUUAUCUUUGGCUUUGCCAGCCAACCUCACCUCUAUUUCUUUCUCCCCACCAGUGACACUUUCCACCAUGGCAGACCCAAAAAACCGCGAGCGAGGCCUCAAAGCCGCUCUUCAUAACCCCCGUGUCUCACAAGAAGCCAAGGAACAUGACCGUGACCUCCUAGCCAGCGAGUUCGGCGAAUCCGUGGAGGAGCCGGAGGCGGCACUACCCAAACGUCGCUCGUCGUCCGGCCACAAGAGUUCGUCAACAGGCCCGCACUCACACUCGAGCGGAAGUCAAGCUCAACAACCCCCUUCGCCGGGCGUCGAGAAGGGCCAACACGCUGGAAGAAAGGCGAGAAGGGCAUCGGUUGGCGAAACCGGGGGUUUACACAUGGCCGAGGAGAAGGAUAGGGGUAAUGUAAUUCGCGGACUCAAGGCUGCACUGAAGAAUCCCAAUGUGUCGGAGCAGGCCAAAGAGGCGGACCGCAAGAAGUUGAGGGACUUGGGAGAGCCGGCCGAAUAAUUGUAUCGCAGUGAGACAUGACCGUUGUUUUCAGUAUGCGGAAAUCAAAGAUUGGACCUAGGUGUCGAUUCAUAUCAUUCAUAUACAUACCUCCUAGGACUUACCUGUUUACUAUUCAACGACUACCUCGGCCCUUGAAGUCCUCUACUUAAGGAAUUGCUUGCUUAACCACCAACUUAGCAUUAAUUAUGCAACAGAAGCAACAAACGGGUUUACAACA